AUGGCGUUCGAGAUCGCGGAGCCGCUCCAGCCGUUCAUGGUGCGCGUCGCUCGGUCGUUCGCCCCCUCGCGCCCGCGUCGCGUCCGCGGUUCUCCCCGCCGCCCGCCCGCCCGCUCGUCGUCGUCGUCCGAUCAGAUCGCGCGCGAACUCACGCGCCCUCGCACGUUCCCGUCGUCGAUCCCUCCCCUCGCUCCAUCGCAGGGGCGCAAGGAGCGACGCCGAAGCAGCGCGGGAAAGAUGUUCCUCGGCGACCAUCUCAACCUCCGCGACGACCCGGACGUCGCGAAGCUCAUGGCGAAGCACGGCGAGCCGCCGUUCGUGAUGUUCAGCGAGUCCGUGUUGAAGAUCAACCGAAGGGGCGAGGCUGUCCCGCGGUCCAUGCUCGUGUGCGCGCGAUCCGUCUACCUCCUCGACGCGGACACCCGCCGCGUGCGAAGGAAGCUCCCGAUUCGCGAGCUGGGCGCGAUUCGAAUGUCCGAGCUGAGCGAUAACUUCAUCGCGCUGACGUACCCGGCGGAGUACGACGUGUUGUUGGUCUGCGCGAGGAAGAUAGAGGCGGUGGUCGCGAUACAAGACGCGCGCGCGGGCGGCGGCGGCGUCGACGGCGGCGGCGGCGGCGGCGUCGGCGGCGGCGGCGUCGUCGGCGCGGGCGGCGCCCCGCCCGCCGAGAUACCCGUGGAGAUAGGGAUGUCGUUCACGUAUCGCGCGGGCGCGGACGUCUUGAAGCGCGUGCGGUUCGAGAGGUUGGAGGACGGCGACGUGGACACGACGAUAGAGGACGAGCCGCGAUGA